AUGGCUCUGUAUGAGGCUCUGUAUGGUAGCAAGUGCAAAUAUCCUGCCAGCUGGUUUGAAGUCGGAGAAGCAAGCCAAUUGGCUUAUGAACUAGAGCUGCCAUCAGAACCACAAGUAGUCCAUCCAGUCUUCCAUGUAUCCAUUUUGAGGAAAUGUAUCGGAGACCCCUCCAAAAUUAUACCUGUUAAUGAUAUACAUGUCACAGAGAAUCUAUCCUACGAAGAAGAACCUAUUUCCAUCCUCGACAGACAAGUCCGCAGACUUAGAACCAAAUAUGUGGCUUCGAUAAAGGUUUUGUGGAAAAGUAGGGAUAUGGAAGAGAUGACAUGGGAAGCUGAGGCGGAAAUAAAAUCCAAAUAUCCUCACUUAUUCCCGGUUAAAGAUGAUGAUGUUCCAGACGGAACUUUACGGGAUUCCUCCUUAUCAAUAAAUGGCUUGUGA